AUGCGCUAUCUAUUGCCGCUCGUUCAGGCCAUUAUCCUCUCAUCGGCGGUCAAGCGCCUAAACCACAAAAAGUGUCAUGCUGAGGUGUCGGACGAGUUCCGAUGGACAGCGCUCUACCGCAUGAACUUCUACCGCGAAAUGCUUGCUCAGGGAAUGGCGCCCAACAAAACCGGCAUGCUCCCUGGCGCCAAAAACAUGUACAAACUUUUGUACGACUGCGCGCUUGAAGACAUCUCAUAUAAAGUCACCUCAGUUUGCGCAAGCAACUUAAAAUACGAUCCCAAUGGCAUCAUUUAUGGCGCGCCCAGCUCGGCACCGAAAUCGGCCGCAUCAGCGCCUGACUAUCUGAGUGAGACCAUCAGUGACCACGUCAGAGACACCCAGUAUGACGGGCUUGCAGCUGAUGUAAAGGUGGACUGGUACACCACUUAUUGGACAAUGAAGUACAACUGUGAGGCGGAGAAGUCGGCGCACGAAUGGGCGGCCCAAUGCCAGGUAGCCCAUUCGUCAAACAGGAAUAAAACCGGCGAGAACUUGUACUUUAAAUUUGAUAACCAACAGGAGCCGGGUGCUGCACUUACAGCGGCGAUGCAACAGUGGUGGGGAGAGCUCGCGCAAUAUGGCGUCGGUCCGGAGCCCAACCUUACAGAUUCGGUCUGGCAAAGGGGAGUCGGGCAUUAUACGCAGGCGAGUGGAGGAUGGGCUAUAGAGUUGUGCUUCCAGAUGGCCUGGCAGGAGACGACUGAAGUAGGAUGCGCAUGGGCCCACUGCCCUGACUUCACCUACGUCGUCUGCCAUUACAAACCUGCCGGCAACUAUAUGAACGAAUUGAUCUAUGAGCGCGGAACGCCCUGCCAAACUGAUGCGGAUUGUGGAAGCGGACGGACAUGUCUGGUCGACGAAGCAUUGUGUCAAGUG